AAAUGCACAGAAACUCGCACUUAUUCUGCUCAUAUAGAGGUUCACCUAAUGAGCGUUUUAAUGCGUUUAGCGCGGUUGCUGCGCUUAAAUGACAAGCGAAAGUGCCGCCUCGGAUGUAGAAAGUGCCUCCGCUUUUUGUCACAUGUCCUCCAAUACAGAACUUAAGGGGUAUUUUAGGGAGUGUUUUUAUGCCAUGAAGUCGCGUUUCUUGUUGCAGCUUCAUGCUUCGCGUUGCAUUUCAAUAUCACCAUUUUAAGUGAUGUUCUUAUAUCGUCAGCGCCCAGCCCAGCCAUGUUCGGCACUGAAUCUUCACUGAGCAUGUUCCUCAACACCUUAACCCCCAAGUUCUACGUGGCUCUGACCGGAACAUCAUCCCUGAUAUCUGGUCUCAUUCUGAUAUUCGAAUGGUGGUACUUUAGGAAGUACGGGACUUCCUUCAUCGAGCAGGUGUCCGUUAGUCACUUACGCCCUCUGCUGGGGGGCGUCGAUAACAGCUCACCCAGCAACUCCAAUCCCAGCAACAGUGAUGCAGAUUCCAGUCGACAAAGUGUGUCAGAAUGUAAGGUGUGGAGGAAUCCACUGAAUUUAUUCAGGGGGGCAGAGUACAACAGGUACACAUGGGUGACAGGGAGAGAGCCUCUCACCUACUACGACAUGAACCUGUCUGCCCAGGACCACCAGACCUUCUUCACCUGCGACUCGGACCACCUGCGCCCCGCCGAUGCCAUAAUGCAGAAGGCCUGGAGAGAGAGGAACCCUCAGGCCAGGAUCUCCGCCGCUCAUGAAGCUCUGGACAUAGAGGACUGUGCCACUGCAUACAUCCUGCUGGCGGAGGAAGAGGCCACCACCAUCGUGGAAGCCGAGAAGCUCUUUAAGCAGGCGCUGAAAGCUGGAGAGGGCUGCUACCGCCGCAGCCAGCAGACACAGCACCACGGCACACAGCACGAGACGCAGCACAGACGAGACACUAAUGUCCUGGUGUAUAUUAAGAGGCGGCUCGCCAUGUGCUCCCGGAAGCUGGGAAGAACACGGGAAGCUGUCAAGAUGAUGAGGGAUUUAAUGAAGGAGUUCCCUCUCCUCAGUAUGUUCAAUAUCCACGAAAACCUGCUGGAGUCCCUGCUGGAGCUGCAGGCCUAUGCAGACGUGCAGGCCGUCCUGGCCAAGUAUGAUGAUAUUAGUUUACCCAAAUCCGCAACAAUAUGCUACACAGCAGCGCUGUUGAAAGCCAGGGCUGUAUCAGAUAAGUUCUCCCCAGAGGCAGCGUCACGGCGAGGCUUGAGCCCGGCAGAGAUGAACGCUGUUGAAGCCAUACACAGAGCGGUGGAGUUUAACCCACAUGUACCCAAAUACCUCUUAGAGAUGAAAAGCUUAAUUCUGCCCCCCGAGCACAUCCUGAAGAGGGGUGACAGCGAGGCCAUCGCAUAUGCCUUUUUUCACCUACAGCACUGGAAGAGGGUAGAGGGAGCACUCAACCUGCUGCACUGCACCUGGGAGGGCACUUUCCGGAUGAUCCCAUACCCCCUGGAGAAGGGCCAUCUCUUCUACCCAUACCCCGUCUGCACAGAGACAGCAGAUCGAGAGCUGCUACCAACAGUCUUCCACGAGGUGUCUGUCUACCCCAAGAAGGAGCUGCCCUUCUUCAUCCUCUUCACGGCCGGCCUCUGCUCCUUCACUGCCAUGCUGGCCCUACUCACUCACCAGUUCCCAGAGCUCAUGGGGGUCUUUGCAAAGGCUUUCCUCAGCACCCUUUUUGCGCCACUGAACUUCAUCAUGGAGAAGGUGGAGAACAUACUGCCAUCCAGUCUGUGGCACCAGCUGACACGCAUCUAGGACUGGACCGUCAAGCGGCCCCUGAGCCGAGGUCUUGUUGGACUCCAAAGGCAUGAUGGGAAAAGGGAGAAGCAGUAUUGCCUUGGUUUGACUUUUCGUUUCCAUGUAAAACUGGUUUUGUUGUACAGUAAGGUGGUUAUCAUCUGCCUUCAGAUGAGAGCUGAAGGGAAAAAUAAAUUUCAAAAAUUCAAAGGA